AUGGCUGGGAAGCAUCAAGGCUCUGCGCCUGCUCAGAAUGCCCCUAAAAAGGCUCGUCCCCCGCCCCCUCCGUUCUACCUCCCGCUAAACAUCACCCUCUACGUUUGCAUCUUUGCCAACGGCCUUGCGGCAUUAUUCUCCCCAAUUCAAGACUGUGAUGAGGUCUUCAACUUUUGGGAACCAUCCCAUUAUCUCCGACAUGGAUAUGGUCUUCAGACAUGGGAAUAUUCUCCAGUUUACUCCAUUCGAAGCUGGCUCUAUGUCUCGCUUCACGCCGCGGUGGGCAAGCUAGGUUCGUUUUUUGUCCAGUCUAAGACCACUGAGUUCUACAUGAUCCGUGUGUUUAUGGCGCUCUUCUGUGCGGCUUGUCAAACUAGACUUUACUCUUCUAUCUGUCGAACCCUUAAUCCUCGCAUCGGCCUCUUGUUCCUCACAAUCGUCAUCUUCAGUCCCGGCAUGUUCCACGCGUCCACUGCCUUCCUGCCCUCCACUUUCACCAUGUACACAUCUAUGCUUGGCUUGGCUGCCUUCCUGGACUUGAAAGGUGGUCCCAAAAUUGCACAGGGCAUCAUGUGGUUUGCGCUUGGUGCGAUUGUGGGCUGGCCAUUCGCAGGUGCUCUUAUUUUGCCUCUUCUGGCCGAGGAAGCCAUGAUCUCUGUGCUAUCUGGGUCUAUUGGCUCAUUUAUCUUGGCCGUUCUUGAUGGUGCGGUUAGGUGCCUUGGCAUCGCGGCUCUCGAGGUCGGGGUCGAUUAUGCUUUCUUCCGCAGGCUUGUCCUUGUCCCUUGGAACAUUGUGGCGUAUAACGUUUUUGGAGGCCAGGGCAAAGGACCUGAAAUCUUUGGCGUGGAGCCUUGGACAUUUUAUAUCCGAAACUUGCUGCUGAACUUCAAUGUUUGGUUUGUUCUCGCCAUGAUGGCGGCUCCGCUUAUGUUUCUACAGGUCAUCUUCAGCUCCCAGCCUUCAUCUUUCCAGAAAUUCAGGCGCUCGAUGACAUUGGCCGUGCCAUUCUACCUGUGGUUUGGUAUCUUCACGGCCCAGCCUCACAAGGAGGAGCGGUUCAUGUACCCCGCAUAUCCAUUCCUUGCCCUGAACGCGGCUCUCUCCUUCCACCUGAUCCUUACCUACCUUGGGUCCAGCGAUCCCAAGGCAAUUAUCAGCCGUGUUCCAGCCAAGCUGAAGCUUGUUGGAGCCCUGUAUAUCAUUAUUUUGGCCGUCAAUGUCGGAAUGCUGCGCAUGCUAGGAAUGGUGACUGCGUACAAUGCCCCUCUGAAGGUCCUGGAACCAUUGCAGCAGGUAAACGUGACGCAGACAGGGAGUUCGGUCUGUCUGGGCAAGGAGUGGUACCGCUUUCCUUCCUCAUACUUUCUCCAACACGACAUGCGUGCCAAAUUCAUUCGAAGCGAGUUCAACGGUCUGCUCCCAGGCGAGUUCCCGGAAUCGCCUAGUCUUCUCGGCCGGCUAGAUGGUGCUUCGCAAAUCCCAUCUGGCAUGAAUGAUCUUAACCGGGAAGAUCCUAACAAAUACAUUGAUGUUUCUGAAUGCUCUUUCUUGAUCGACUCCUUCUUCCCGGGUCGCGAGGUAUCCGAACUGGAGCCUCACUACGUUCUCGACCGCAAAUGGGAAACUCUCACAUGUGCGAGCUUCUUAGAUACCGCUCAAACAGGGCUUCUUGGGCGAUUAAUCUGGGUGCCAAACCUCCCCUUUAUUCCACCUCAAUUCCAGCGCAAAUGGGGCCAGUUUUGCCUUCUGCAGCGCAAGGCCGACGCUAGUGUCUAG